AUGUCAGAGCCCAAUGGCCUAGAGGCCGGUUCGGCAGGAAGGCCGUCGAAACCUCUGGAUUCUCCUCCCAUAGCACAAGAUGCAGUCUUUGGCGAGAUCACUGAAGAAGGGCCGAAUUACCGAGACGUUGGAUGGCUGGGAACAGUGGCUCUCAUGAUGAAGACCCAGUUUGGCCUUGGUGUUCUUUCUAUACCCCAAAUCCUCGAUUCACUGGGAAUAAUCCCAGGUAUCAUAUGCCUGGUGGUGGUUGCAGCCGUAACCACCUGGUCUAAUUACGUUAUCGGUACUUUCAAGUUGAAGCAUCCUGAGGUGUACGCCAUCGACGAUGCGGGAGAACUGAUGUUCGGUCGAGUAGGCCGCGAGGUCUUUGGGGUUGGGGUUUGCGUCUACUGGAUUUUCUGUUCUGGUUCCGGGCUAUUGAGCACAUCGAUUGGGCUGAACCGCAUGUCUGCAAUCGCUUCAUGCAGCCUGGCCAGCUUCCGCACUUUGGGGAAAAUCAAAUGGACUGCGUGGGUUGGAGUGGGGUCUGUUUUUACUGCUAGUAUGAUUGCCACAAUUGCAGUCGGUCUCCAGGAACAGCCUUCCACAGCGUCCAAGACCAGUUACUGGGCAUCGGACUACAAGCUUGUUGGCAAUGCAUCAUUCACCAAAGCAAUUACAGCGGUCUCGUCCAUCAUCUUUGCAUACGACGGUACUCCUGGGUUCUUUCCUAUCGCAGCAGAGAUGCGUAAUCCUUCACUUUACACAAGAUCCUUACUUAUCUGCCAGUCCGCCAUAACUGCAAUAUACAUAGCUAUUGGUACUGUAAUUUAUUACUAUUGUGGCUCAUACGUUGCAUCCCCCGCCCUGGGAUCUGCCGGUACAUUGAUUAAGAGGGUCGCAUAUGGAAUCGCACUCCCUGGCCUGGUGGCCAGUACGGUCAUCGUUCUUCAUUUCUCAAGUAAAUACAUAUUCGUCCGCAUAUUGCGAAAUUCUGAACAUCUAACCGCCAACUCUUUCAAACAUUGGGCAACUUGGCUUGGCUGUACUUCUGCCAUUACAGUUUUCUCCUAUCUCAUUGCCAGUGGUAUCCCCAUCUUCGCCGAUCUGGUUUCCCUCAUCGGCGCCCUGCUUGGAACUUUCAUGUCAUUCCAGCCAAUGGGUUGCAUGUGGUUAUAUGAUAACUGGAAAAAUGGCAGAGAACAGCCAACCCUUAAAUGGAUACUUCUUUCAUCUUGGAGUAUCCUAGUAAUCGUUUUGGGGUCUUUUUUGAUGGUUGCCGGAACCUACGGAUCCGUCGUCAAUAUUAUUGCUUCUACCAAGGCAACUCCAGGUUCUUCUGCGUGGUCGUGCGCUGACAACUCAAACUCAUGAACGUUGGCAUUGCAGAUCAAGACUACAUCAUUGCAACCCGUUACUUCCAAGUCAAAUAUACUCAUCGUACUUCAAUCAUGCCACAUAUUUCGGUCAAAGCUCCAUACCAAUAAACAAUUGAAGGAAGGCCAGUCUCUGCAUAAGAAGUAGGUAGACUAGACAAAUCCAUAAUAAAUAUAUAUUCUCU